AUGAACAAGUACAAAAUCGCCAAACAGAUCGGGGACGGGUCGUUUGGGGUCGUUUUGAAGGGGACACAUGUGGAGACGGGGGAGACGGUUGCGAUCAAGAAAAUGAAACAAAAGUACUACAGCUGGGACGAAGCGGUGAACCUGCGCGAGGUCAAAUCGCUGGCCAAGCUGAGCAACCACGUCAACAUCAUCAAGCUGAAGGAGGUGCUGAGGGAACAUGACGAGCUGUACUUUGUGUUUGAGUUCAUGGAGGGGAACCUGUACCAGCAUACGAAGAAUCGGGAGGGGAGCUUGUUUACGGAGGCGGAGGUUAAGAGUUUGAUAUUUCAAGUGUUACUGGGUCUCGCGCAUAUGCAUAAGCAUGGGUUCUUUCACCGGGACAUGAAGCCAGAAAACCUCCUGAUGGCCGGGACAACUGUGAAGCUGGCUGAUUUUGGGUUGACACGAGAGAUUCGAAGUCGACCGCCAUAUACGGAAUACGUCAGCACUCGAUGGUAUCGCGCGCCAGAAAUCAUUCUUCGCUCCACAUCAUACUCCUCCCCAAUCGACAUGUGGGCAGUCGGUUGUAUACUGGCCGAGCUAUUCACCCUCCGGCCCCUGUUCCCCGGAACCUCCGAAAUGGACCAACUCUUCAAAGUCGUAGAAAUCCUAGGCACCCCAGGCACAUCACGGGGUCUGCGGUUAGCCGGGAGCAUGAAAUUUCGGUUUCCGCAGUUGCCGAGUGUCCCUCUGGCGCAGGUUAUACCCAACGCGUCCGAUAGCGCGUUGAUGCUUAUCGCCGACAUGCUUCGGUAUGAUCCGAAUCUCCGACCGACGGCGCAACAGGCCUUGCAGCAUCCGUGGUUU